AUGAACGAACCGAACUGUUUGGCCGAAGAAUGUGUGGAGCUCACUGUAAGUGUGGGUGUCUGCUUAAAGAUGAGCAAGUUCUCUCUAAACACCAAAACCGCACUCCCUCUCCGUCUCUCUCUCAUGGAUGCUGCAAAGAUGGACGAGUCACUGUCGCCGGCCGGCCAGCUAUUCCUCAGUCCAGAGAUGAACCAAAUAAUCACCUACGUCAUUGGCCAAAAACACCCAAUUGACGUGGACGCCGUGAAGGCCGAGAUUAGCAACUCCGUCAUGUUCACACUCCCCAGAUUCAAUAACUUAAUGGUUAGAGACUCUCGCGGCGUCGAACACUGGAGAACAACCCAGGUUGAUCUCAGCCAACACUUCAUCGUCAGCCAUGAACCCGUUGUCAACGGAGUCAACGACGAGGACGCGAUCAACGACUACCUCGCCGAGCUGGCGGUGUCGACCCUCAGCUUCGACAAGCCGCUUUGGGAAAUACACCUGUUGAUAGCCCACAAGGGCACCAUCUUUCGGUUCCAUCACGCACUGGGCGAUGGGAUUUCGCAGAUGUCUUUGCUUCUAACGUGCUGCAUGAGGGCCGAUAAUCCUGAUCAGCUACCCACUGUCAAAUCCUUGGGGACUUCUACUUCCAACGCCACUACUCGUGACAAGUGUUAA